GACCAAUACCAAGACACAAGAACCCAAGAGAAGGAGGCGAGGAAGACAACUCGGGCGCGUCGAAAUCCAGGACAAGCGGGAUACCAGACGCUGUCGUGCUGCGCUUGCAGAUUCUCGAGAGAGCUGGACAACAUCAUGGGUCUUCAAGUACAGCAGCAACGACAACAACAACAACACAGCUGGGAGCGAUUGAACUCUCCUUUGCGCGAAAAGAGCGUCAACAACAUGAGGCGUCACAGGUCGGCCCCAACGCCCAAGCAACGCACGCCGACCACGAGGACCGUUCCAGAACCAGUCCUCCUCCACCAGCCCAAACAGCCGGCUACAUCGCAUGCGGCGGCACCCACGGCGCCAGUGGCGGCGGGUACCAGCACCUCUGGUUCCACUGCUGACGACGAUGAUGCCAGAGGCCCGCUUGGCUUUCCCGAGCCGAGCUUCUCGCCGGCCCUCAAGGUCGUCGACUGCGACAGCUUCACCCUCGUCUCACAAGCGACUGGGCGCCGCUGGAGGGCGAUCGACUCCUCUAGAGAGUGCCAGUUCGGGGAGGUACUGCGUGCUGUAGAGCUGUCGGACGAAGCUGGGGCACGGCCGGGGUACUUCGCUAUCAAGGAGCUUAGCUUGGGCCAUCUGCAAGAGAUGCAGGGAAAGACCCUCGAGGAUCCGCUGCGGGAGGUGUCCGCGCUGCAGUACCUUCCCAGCCACCCGAACGUCCUCACUUGUACCGAGGCGCUCUUGGACGAGAACAGCAUUUAUAUAGUGAUGCCGUUCUACAGCGGAGGCGAGGUUUUCGACGUGCUGAUGGACAGCGGCCGAUUUGAAGAGGACGAGGCGCGACUGCUGCUCCGCCAGGUGCUGGACGGACUACUCCACCUCAAGAGACACGGAGUCUGCCACCGGGAUGUGAGCCUGGAAAACCUAGUGUUGACCGAGGAGGGUGUGGUGAAGCUUGUUGACUUUGGGCUGGCAUUGCGCAUCCCCCAGAACGAGGACGGCAGAGCAAGGACUAUUCCGCCCCAGGGCGUGUGCGGGAAGCCGCACUACAUUGCGCCCGAGGUGUUGGCAAGUUCAAGCUCGAAGAGCGGAUUUGACGGGUUCGCGGUGGAUGUGUGGGCUUCUGGCAUCCUUCUCUUCGUCAUGCUGACGGGCGUUGCCCCGUUUGAGGUGGCUCUUCCUUCCCACGAUGAGCGACUCCACACUGUUGCUGUGAAAGAGAAUCUCGCGGAACUUCUGUCGACGUGGAAUAUUUCGUUGUCACCAGAGGCGACUGAUUUGAUUCAGUCGUGCCUGCUGUUCGCCCCGGAGAGACGCCCCAGCCUCGAGGCGCUUGCCAACCACGAUUGGCUCAACGCGUGAAUCAGGCUGAUGGUUGCCGUUGUACUUAUGUGUGUUCCUGGCUGUGACCGAUCCCACCUGCUCCACUUCAGAACCGGGCGCUAACUGAGAUUGACCCGGACAAGGGGAGCAACCGGGCGACUAUUUCGUAGACAUCUGCUUUGUGUUGUUGCGUAUGCUGAUGCUACUGAUGUUGUAGGGCAUGAUGAAGGAAAGGGUGGUGUGUACGUUGGUGGGACAGUGUGUUUGACGCCCGGCGUGACUAAUGAACCAAAAACCCCGGUUGUGCGCUGAUGAGACAAAAGUAGUUACCGAAAAUAUGGUUACUUUACGAGUGCGUGUCGACGGGGAGGGUCUAUUCGUGCCAAUUUUGGCGAGGUUUUAUUUCCUGUUUCGCCUCUUGCAUGGUGAACGGGUACUUUGGCCAUAAAGAUCAACGUUGCCGGUGGAUCUUUGUAUGUACAAGCAAGUGUUUGAGGAGGUGCAGGUUGUUUGUGUUUAAGAGGGGGUGGAAUUCGUUCCUGCUGAACCACGUUUUUGUAUUAUUUCACUGAACACCGUCAAGACUAGUGGAAAAUAACAACCUGACGACUCGAGUGGCGCCGCUUUGGCCUUUGAUUGUUUUUGUUUCGUUUUUUCUUCGUCUCGCGUGUCAAGCGUGAGCGAUAGGCUCUAUCUUUACAUCUCCUUUAUUGGACAGUCGCUCGCGACGUCUCGCUGU